AUGGAAACCAAAGGAGCCCCUGGGAAAGAAGGCAUGGGAGCCAAGAGGAAGAAUUUGACCUUCUUGAAGCACAGACUGUACAUGUUGGAGAGAAGGAAGACAGACACUGUUGUUGAGAACAGUGUUUCUGUGGACCAGGGUAACUCUGGCACUUUGAGGAGGAGCCAAUCCGACAGGACAGAAUACAGCCAGAAGUUACAAGAAAAGAUGGCCCCACAAGCUGGGUCCUUGUCACCCGUCACUUCACUGCAGGAGAAUGAAGAGCAGCUGACCAGGCGAAUGAUGGCCAAGAGGGUUAAAAUCAUUGCAGAACUGGUGCAGACAGAGAAAGACUACCUCAAUGACCUGGAGCUGUGCAUCAGGGAAGUGGUUCAGCCCUUGAGAAACAAGCAGAUUGUUAGGUUUGACGUGGAUGGCUUGUUUAGCAACAUUGAAUCAGUCCAUCAAAUAUCAGCCAAACUGCUGUCAUUGUUGGAAGAAGCCACAGCAGACGUGGACCCACCCAUGCAAGUAAUUGGAGAAGUGUUCUUGGAGAUUAAAGGCCCACUAGAAGACACAUAUAAAAUCUACUGCUACCACCAUGACGAUGCGCACACCAUGCUCGAAUCCUAUGAAAAGGAUGAAGAACUGAAACAGCAUUUAAAACACUGCGUACAGUCCUUAAAAAAGAUAUAUGAGGAAGAAGGAAAACCGAAUUUAAUGGACAUGGGAUCCCUGAUGAUCAAACCAAUACAGCGUGUGAUGAAAUACCCCUUGUUACUGUGCGAGCUCUUGAAUUCGACUCCUGCUUCCCACCCUGACCACACGGCACUGCAAGAUGCCUUUGCUGCUGUGAAAGACAUUAAUGUGAACAUCAAUGAACUUAAAAGAAGGAAAGACUUAGUGUUGAAGUAUAAGAAGAAUGAUGAAGAAGAGUCUCUUAAAGAGAAGUUUUCCAGACUGAAUAUUCACUCCAUUAGCAAGAAAUCCAAGAGGGUUACUAGCCACCUGAAAAUUCUGACGGGGGGAGAGCCUCAGGUGAAAGACCAGACCUUUAAUAAGGAGGAAAAGCUAUUUAGAAGUUUAGAAAAGACUGUGAAAUUUUGCGUGAAGAAUAUUUCAUUCUCCCUACAACAUCUACAGGAUUCCAUGUUUCUAGCUGCACAGAAUAUAACUGAACUACAAAGUAUUUUACACCACAAAGAUGAUGAAGACAAUGGCUGUUCAAAAAUGCUGAAUAACAUUGGAAACCCCUGUGAAGGCUUUGUGGAUCAAUUGGAAAAGCUGGUUUUGACCCCUCUCUCAGCGCUACAAGCCUUGUUUCCAGGCCCCCAGAAGCUUAUCCAGAAGCGUUAUGACAAGUUGCUGGAUUACAAUGGCUACCUCGAAAGGUCAGCAGGAGAUGAACUUGAUCUGGCAAAGAAGGACUAUGAGGCUCUCAAUGCACAGCUUGUGGAGGAACUUCAGCUGUUCAACAGGACGGCCAAGACGAUUGUGAUGAACUGUCUGCAUUGCUUCAUCACUCUCCUCAGGGACAUGAUGUCCUCAGCAUUUCAGUCAUAUUCGACCAUUGUGGUGCCUGUUCCGCUUUCUUCCUCAAGUAUCUGUGAAGUACAAAAUCAGGUGUUAGAAGAGUUUCACAAUCUAAAUUUUGUAAAAGAAAACAGCAGUGCAACAUUUAUUGAGCGAAAACUGAGCUUUGAAAAGAAGAAACCUGCCCCUACCCAGCCUGAAUCUCCACGUCAGACAGAGAGCCAGAGAUAUAAGCUACUGUCUACAUACAGCACAGAAUCACUAUAUCAAGCUAAGCGCAAAUGCAAUGCCACACAGGAAUUUGAUAUUGAUUUAUAUGAAGGUGAGCUGGUGGCUGUUGUUGACCAAAAGGAUCCCUUUGGAAGUACAAGCAGGUGGCGUGUUGACACAGGAAUUCAUAAAGGGUAUGUGUAUUCCUCCUUCCUGAAGCCCUACAAUCCAGCCAAGGUGCAGAAGGAUGUAGCAGAAACCAGUUUCUGUGAUGACGAUUUCGAUAAUAUCAGCCUUUUUGUCUCUUCACGGCCUACCAAUGAUAGCAGUGCAAGAAAUCUAGGACAUAAGAGGAGUGACAGCAGCUCAUCUAAUAAUAGCCUAUGUGAAAAACCUGCAAUUAAUGGGACAGAGACUGAUCACGAUGUGGAUGAUCAACAUACUUUCUAUGCUGUUUAUGCAUUUCAAGCAAGAAGCCAUCAGGAACUCAGUCUUCAGGAGUACCAGCGGGUUCGGAUACUCCAGUUUUCUGACCUGAGCGGCAAUAAAGAAUGGUGGUUAGCAGAAGCCAAAGGACAUAAAGGAUAUGUACCUGCUAAUUACCUUGGGAAGAUGACAUAUGCAUAGGAACAGAAAGGAUUGUUGGGACUAGUUUCUCUGAAAUAGAGACUCAUAGUCAGAAUAAUAAUCUGUUAUAAUUUACAGCAAGCAGAGUGAAUGCACAAGUGAUUUAUAACCCAGCUAUAUCAUCUGGAGAGGUACACA